AUGGACGCGUUUUGUUCGGAUUGUAAGAGGCAGACGGAGGUCGUGUUUGACCACUCCGCCGGAGAUACAGUCUGCUCAGAGUGUGGACUUGUACUCGAAUCGCACUCAAUCGAUGAAACCUCCGAGUGGCGCACCUUCGCCAACGAGUCCGGUGAUAAUGAUCCCGUUCGUGUUGGUGGUCCGACGAAUCCUCUUCUAGCCGACGGUGGACUCACCACCGUCAUUUCGAAACCUAACGGAACCUCUGGCGAUUUCCUCUCUUCUUCCCUUGGUCGAUGGCAGAAUCGUGGAUCCAACCCUGAUCGUGGGCUCAUUGUCGCGUUUAAGACCAUCGCUACCAUGGCUGAUAGGUUGGGCCUUGUUGCGACCAUCAAGGACCGAGCCAACGAGAUAUAUAAGAGAGUAGAGGAUCAGAAGUCAAGCAGAGGAAGGAAUCAGGAUGCUCUUUUGGCUGCCUGUUUAUACAUUGCUUGCCGGCAAGAAGACAAGCCACGAACCGUCAAGGAAAUAUGUUCUGUUGCCAAUGGAGCUACUAAGAAGGAGAUUGGUCGUGCAAAAGAAUACAUAGUCAAACAGUUAGGGCUUGAAACCGGACAAUCCGUUGAAAUGGGAACUAUCCAUGCCGGAGAUUUUAUGAGACGUUUUUGCUCAAAUCUUGGUAUGACCAACCAAACCGUGAAAGCGGCUCAAGAAUCUGUGAAAAAGUCAGAGGAGUUUGAUAUAAGGAGGAGUCCGAUAUCGAUUGCAGCAGCGGUUAUAUAUAUCAUAACACAGCUCUCUGAUGAGAAGAAGCCUCUUCGAGAUAUAUCAGUGGCAACUGGAGUCGCAGAAGGGACUAUAAGAAACUCUUACAAAGAUCUUUACCCUCACCUUCCCAAGAUCAUACCAGCUUGGUACGCUAAAGAAGAAGAUCUCAAGAGCCUUCAAAGCCCUUAA